GUACAGUUAAUUUUUAUUCACAGGAAAAAAACAGCUGUUGUUGAAAAAGAAAACAUUAAAGUGAGUUUCCCUGGCGCAUGCCUUGCCUUCAUAUCCUCACAGACAAUGCCAGCCUCAAAAGGAGCAACAGCUCCUCAUGACUCUCAGCCUAAUAUGAAGAGGCUGGAUGAGGAUGGGGAGGCUCUGCGAUCCAAAACUGCACCAGCUACCAACAACAGAUCCCUUGAAUCAGGAGAAACAGAGGAAAAAACAGCAGCUCCCAGGGCUAAGAUAAAACGAUCUGCUUCACCAGAAAGAGGACUCAAACCUGCUAAGUCACCCAAACAGAGUUCCCCUCCAAAUGAUUCCAGCAAAACCAUUUCUGAUCCGCCUGUUAAAAAAGCCAAGCUCCUACAAGCCACAAGUGCCUCCUGCGGAGAAGCUCCCUCACAGAAAGUUAACUCCAAGGCUUCCCUGAAGCGAACAGCUUCCACAGAGUCUGAGGAUGAAUUUAGUUGUGAUGGCAGUAAGACUGACCUCUUCAGAGAGAGGGAUGAAGGUGACAAGGCCCGCUGCAUCCGGAAAUAUUCAAACAAAGUCAAAGCUAAGCGCAAAGCUGAAGAGCUGCCAUCUGACCUUCAGGAAGCAAGCCAAGGUUCACCAUCUGAACCAGCAGAUGCUAUUCAGAUGGACCAUGAUUAUGGUAGAAUUUCUGAUUUGUCGAGUACAAGUGAAACUUGUCAGGAUGAGAAAAAUCAACCUGUUACUGGAAGUGAGCGACAAGAAAUUUUAGCUCAUGCUACGCACGCAGAGACAAAGGAAAGUUUGGUCCCUGCUGAUGUGAGUAAAUGUCAGGAAUUUAAGAAUUUAGAAAACCAGAAGCCCGUAGAUAAUGAAGUACCAGCAUCGUGUAGAGAAAACUUAGAAUGUGUUGGCAAAGUUACAGUUACACCUUGCAUCACAUCUAAUGCAAAAGAGAGUGAAAAGACAAACAUUGAAGAGUCUUUGAAAAGUCAAAAUCGUGCAGAUUUUGAAAUUAAAGCAUUUCCAGAGGAAAUAGUCCCUUCUUGUGCAAGGGAGGAAAACAGAAACUGUGAAAUUAUAGCACAGGCAAACAUAAAGGCAGAUUCAGCUCUGCCAGAUAUGAACAGUAAAGCUGACACAAAUGGGACCUCCGAAUCUUUUACUGAGGGGUUAAAGUUUGAGAUGAUGUGCAAAAGUAAGGAAGUGGGGCACAGCGUACCAGAAGUCACUGAAGUAGCUGAUAGAGAAGCAUUGUCUCAAGACAGACGCAUAGCUAGAAGUGAAGAGAGACAUACUGAGGAAAAUGUCACAACAAUAUCUGAUGGCAACCCAAUGGCUCAAACAGACCUUAGUUUCAAAAUUCAAGUUACUUUCCAAGCAGAAUCAAAAUCUGAGCAUCUACAGGAUGGCAUAAGCUGUGAAGUGCCAGAUAGAAAUGACCACUCAUGCGAGGUUAGCAAAAUAGUCAGAAAAUCUGAAGAAAGCGAAAAGAAACAAGUUGAGUUCCUGCCAUGUCAGACUUCUGAUGGACCUCAGUCUUUAUCUGAACUUCAGUUGAACCAAGAAAUAAGGGACAAGACGACUGAAAUCUGUGAAGAAACCCUGACACCAGAUUGUAAGGCUGCUGAAGAGCAGACUCACAGAGAGAUGCUUUCUGAUUGUGUCACAGUCUCAGAGGGUCAAAUAGAGAUGGACACGCCGACUAAAAUAACAUUGGAGGAGAGGUCUGACUCAGCACAAAACCAUGAGAACCACAGAGUGGCUGAGAAAGCGGCAGAAAUACCUGCUGAAGUUGAAGAAAAUUCCACUGCUAUGGAAGAAGAAAACAAAACUGAACAAAAAAAUCAAGUCAAAAUGCUACAGGCGUCAGCCACGUCACAGCAUAAAAUGUUUCAUGAAUCCACUGCAGUGGGAAUGCAAAGCCAAAAAAGCAAGGAAUCUACAAUGCUAAAUCAGGAUAAUGUGUUAAAUUCCCAAACAAUGGAAAACGAAAGUGAAGUCAUAUUUGAACUUGCUACAGGACAGGAGAAUCAAACAUCAAACAUAAGUAACAGAGCAUCUGCAGUUCAAGUUAAAAGCCAGGAAGUCACAGAAUUCUGCACUGAUCUAUCAAUUCAGAGUCAACAAGAAGUCAUGAUUGAUAGCUCAAAAGUAUUGGAUAAUCCUGACAUUUUAACAGUUGAUCCUGCUAGUGGACCUGAAAGUGAGGCUUCAAUAGCAUCAGACAUUUCUACAAAAGAAGAACAAAGCCAGGAAAGUUCACAAACUAGUGAAAGAACCAUAGGCAUACCCAACAAAGUACAGAGACUUCCAAUUAGAAACAAUCAAAGCAUUAAAGAUGAAGGCUUAGUUUAUGGUGCUGCUGAGGCUCAAAUAGAAGUGGACCAGCAGUCUACAGUAACAACAUCAGGUGUUUCUGACUUGGCACCUACUGUGGAAACACAGGCCAGAAGGAUCCAAGAAGUCACUGAACCUGCAGCAGACACACCUGAAAUGGUUCAAAAAAGCUCCAUGAUUCAGACGCCUGAGAGUAACAGAAAUGAAAAGGAAGGAAGUAAAAAAUGCAUCACUGUAACUGAGAAUCAAAGUGAAAUGGAUUUGCAUAUGGCGACAACACCAGAUGAGGUUUUUAAUGCAACAAAUACAGUAGGAACAAAGGUGCUGGAGUGCAAAGAAGCCACUAAACCUGCAGCAAACACAUCUGAAAAAUUACAAAAAGGCCUAAUGAAACCAACUCUGGAGACUAAUGAAAAUGAAACCACAGUUAUCACAGAAUGCAUCACUACAAGUGAGAAUCAAAGAGAAAUCAACUUGCAGAAAGCAACAACACCAGAGGGCUUUUCUGAUCAAACAAGAGUAGAGACACAGAGCCAAAAAGGUCAGGAAAUCAGUCAACUUAUAACGGAGACUAAAGUACAGAAGGAUUUAAUCGUUGCCAAUACUGAGAGGAAGGAAAACCAGAACAGAGUUACCACAGAAUGUGUAGAUGUGUCUGAAAAUCCAACAGAAAUUGGUUUGCAAGCAACAACAGCAUCAAAUGAGAUGUUUGCUCCAACAUCACCAGUGGAAAUACAACGCCAGAAGGUCUAUGAUCCCAAAACAGUAGAUCUGGUGACUUCUGGGUGUGAUGGUGUUCCAGAUGUCAUAAAUAUUGACACUGCAACAAUAACAAAGGAGAUUUCUAAUGAGGCAGAACAGCAAAACCAAGCGACAGUCAAUGCUGUGGAACCCGGUGUGGCCUUAUCAAACUGCAUCUCGAAACCACUUCCUUUGUCGGAUUCUGAGAUUCCAAAAAAUCAAAACAUGCAGCCAAAUUCAAAAGCUGAGAAUAUCCAAGCAGAUAUGAAUCUGAUGAGUGAAUCAAUACAAAGGACAAAUUCUGUGUUUCAGGAAGAAGCAGAGAAACAAGUUGUUACCAUUGUCAAAGAAGAGGAUACAAUUAUUUCCUCUGCUGAAAAGGCUGAGGAAAAAGUCAGUCAUAUUGAAGGAUUCAGAGAAGGAACUGGAAACAGUGAAGUGAUAGUUUUCGUUUGCAACCAGCCAGACGACAUGGAUGUUGUAAUUCAGGCUUCAGAAGAGCAGAUUAAGACUGUCAACCAGCCAGAGGUUGAGAUCCAUGAAAACCAGGUUGUCUAUGAGCCCAUUAGUAGUCCAGAGAGUAAUGAUGAUAGAGAGAUUGCCACAGUGCCAGAGAACCAUAGUGGCUUGUCUUUACUGGAUAUACAAAACACAGAGAUCCAUCGGAUUGUUGGAGGUUCCUUUACAAAUGAAAACAACAGGGAAAUUUGUUACCAACAACCGGGGGCUGUUGAGCAACAGAUUUGUACUUCAGAUAGCCAAGAGGUUGAAAUGGAAGUAGAGACUUUAUGUGUGCCAGAGAGUUGUGUCUCUGCAGAGUUGAAGCAGAGUGAAACAAGUGUGGAUGUAAAACAAGUGGCAGUGAUCAGCUCUAGCGACGACAUCAGCUUGCCAGAUGGCCAGUCUGAAGCUGAGAAGAGUGAGAGGAAUGGGCAUCCAGUCUGUGUGGGUGCCACAGAGGUAACUGUGGAGGCACAGGAGGACCCUAGGCUUCAGGAAGUUGCAGACAUCACAGUGACAACUACUACAGCAACAACUGAAGUUGAAAUACCCGACAGUACAUCAGAGGAAUUUGUUAUCUUGGAACCUGUCCCAGAGAGUGAAAUUUCCUUCGAUAUUGUCACCCAAGCAGCAGCUGAAUCUGGGUUGUCAGUCUCACUUUCAGAGCAGUUAAAUCCAAACGGUGCUUUAGUGAGUGAAAUGGAAAAUCAGCAGGUUUUGAAUGGCUCCCUGCAAACCAUUGCCAUCCCUGAGGCAAAAGUUCAGCAAUGCCAAAUGCCUUGCAAUGUCAGCGAUCCAACAGCAUCUAAUUCAAGCGAAGCUGUAGGGUGGGAGAUGAGAUAUGGGGCUGAAAAUCAACCCCAAGAAGGUGUGGAAGUUAUUCAAAAUACUGAUCAUGGCCAGCAAUCCUCAACUGACUUAAUGGAAGUUAAUACCUCAGCAAAUGCUCGAGUCAUUAAUGAAGACUGUAAUGCACUGGUAAUAGGGAACUCUGGAAAUGAAAUGGUUUGCGAAGAAGUGCAGAUUUUGGAGGAAAUAGAGAUAGGUCGAGAGAUUGUUGUAGCAGAGGAGGACAAUGAAGAAGAUAGUAACAUUUCAAUAGUAGAAAAGCCACAAGAAACACCCACAGUGGUCCCUGCUAAAACCUCUGAAGCAAAUGUAGACAAGGCAAAGAAAGACGAGAACUCUGCUACCAACUUGAAGCAAACUAGUACAGACGCAAAGUCUGAGGAUGACAAAAAGGGAGUGGAGGCAGAAAAACCCAAGAAACAAGAGAUGAACACCCAAGCCAGAACCAAGGCUCGCCUGGCAGCUCUGGCUGAGCAAAAGGCUGCAGCAGCCAAAAGACAGCCAAACAGGCAGCAAAUGAACCUCUUAGCCCUCUGUCAAGAGAUUGCUGAGGACAUAGCCACUGACAGCAUGCUUUUGAAGAGGAUAGAGGAAGAAAAGCAAGCAUCAGCAGCAGCCAAGAGUGCGGCGGCAGUGGCAUCAGCCGCCGCCAAGAGUGACACCACCACAGAGGAAAGUCAGCCUGAGAAAAAGGCAGAAGCGGUCACUGUUAAUGUUGCUACACCUGCUGCACCUGAAGAGUGCUCUACUAUUGCCAUCUCUGCUACUGAAGAGGCAUCUUCAUCCCAGGUCUUCACAGUUGCUCCAGAUGAGUCUAAACUCACUGGAGAGACUCCAAAGAGGCGUUUUUUCAUCACACAGGUUUCUGUGCCUCUGAAAGCCCAUGAGAAAAAAAAGCUAACAAGAUAUCAGAGAUUAAGACAGGUGGAGCUGCAGAGAGAGAAAAUGUCCUGGGCCCGAGUAAAGAAACUCAAGUCUGACCAAGCAAAUCAGAUGUUUUCAGACAUGGAUUGGCAAGGACCCUUGUCUUCAUUUUCUGUGACUCCUUUGUCUGUGACUCCUCAACCAGCUGCCAGUCCAUCUAAAACACCUCUCCCAAGUCCUUCCUCAACUAAUGCACCUGCAGCACCAAAGGCGGAAGUUGCCAAGACUGACAGUCCUAAGGCUGAACCCACUAAAGCCGAAUCCUCUAAAACAGACCCUGUCAACAAGGAACCUGCCACAGCUGAACCCACUAAACCCGAGCCAGCCACCAUUGAAACCUCCAAAACUGGGACUCCAGUAACUGAAACACGGAAAUCUUCCAGACUAAGUAAGGCCCAAGCCUCCAAAACAACACCGACUACUUCACACCCCCAAAAAGUGACUAAACCACCAGCCAAGAGGACCCUUCCAGCAGUUCCCCCUCCCAUGCCAAACGGACUCAAAGCUCAAAAGCAGAAGCCCAUUGAGUACAUUCCAUACAAACCCAGGCCCAAGUAUUCCUUUGAUGAUUUUGUACUAGAUGAUGACCCUGUACCUGUAGCUCCUGCAAAGCCCACGCCUCAGACACGGCCUGCACAGCCAACAAGACCAAACAUUCAGUCAAACCCCACAGCUCAAUCUAAACCCGCAGUUUCAUCACAACUUUCCAACCAAGCAAAUCUUAAAGCUCAGACCACACCUGCUCGACAGAUCUCAGGUCAACCAAAGCCUUCUAGUUCCCCGAGUCCACAGUCAAAGACUGCUGUUGCAACAACACCCCAGUCAAAGACCACAACUACUGCCCCAGCUUCUUCAAAAGUCAUCCCUGCAGCUCGAACUCAAUUAAAGGCCCCUGUUUUGAUGACUGCUCAUCCAAAAGCUGUUACAGCUGCAGCUCAGGCAAAGCCUGCUGCUUCUGCUUCCCCUCAGUUAAAGCCUGCAGGUAGCGGGAGUACACCUGAGAUCAAGCAGUCGGCUUCAACAGCACCUCAGCCAGCUGGUUCAACCACGGCUGAAACAAAGCCCGCUGCUCCUAAGGCUGAUGCUCAGAAAUCCUCAAAUUCAACGCUAGUGGAAGACAGCAAAUGCAAGGAAACAGCUGAUCCACUUCCAUCAGCUCCCACCUCCUCUAUUCCCUCUGAAGUAAACUCCAAGGAGUCCAUUAUCACACCGAAGUGUGAAGAAAAACCCGCUGCUGCUGAUGUUGAUCCUUCUCCUGAGGAUGAAGCAAAAAAAGACAAGGCAUCUGAAAAAACUUGUCAAGUCAGAGCAGUGAUGCAGACAGAUGGUGAGACUCCCCUCUCUGAAGCUGCUCUGCAAAAAGAAGUCAAGAAACUAAAGGAGGCAGAUAAAGAUGGCACCCAAACCAUUAUUGAUGCAGGGCAGAAGCAUUUUGGAGCGGUGGCCUGCAGUGUAUGUGGGAUGCUGUAUUCUGCUGCCAACCCUGAAGAUGAAUCUCAGCAUUUACUUUUCCACAACCAGUUUAUCAGUGCCGUCAAAUAUGUGGGAUGGAAAAAGGAGAGGAUUCUGGCAGAGUUUCCUGAUGGCAAGAUCAUUCUUGUCCUGCCAGAUGAUCCAAAAUAUGCUCUGAAGAAGGUGGAGGAGAUCAGGGAGAUGGUGGACAAUGAUCUCGGCUUCCAGCAGGUGGAGACCAAGUGUCCCUCUCAAACCAAGACUUUCCUCUUCAUCUCCAACGACAAGAAAGUGGGUGGAUGCCUUAUAGCAGAGCACAUACAGGAGGGGUACAGAGUGAUCGAGGACCCUGCACCUGAGGGUUCAGAGGGAGAGAAGCUGAUGUUUGAGCGUCAGAGAGCUUGGUGCUGCUCAACAACUCCAGAGCCGGCCAUUUGUGGCAUCAGCCGCAUCUGGGUGGUGAGCAUGAUGAGGCGCCAGGGAAUCGCCUCACGCAUGCUGGAGUGCCUCAGGAACAACUUUGUCUACGGUUCAUACCUGAGUAAAGAUGAGAUCGCUUUCUCCGACCCAACACCUGAUGGAAAACUCUUCGCCACACAUUAUUUUGGCACUUCUCAGUUUUUGGUUUAUAACUUUGUGAGUGGAAAUCCUUCAUCCAAGCCCAAAACUGGUGCAGUAUGACAGUCUACAGGAAAGGUAACUUUGGAUAGAACUGAGACACUCGCUGACCAAUGGGAGGCCCCGUCACUAAGUGGUGUCUCACAGAGAACCUGUAUUUGUUUUACAAUUUGAUAAACUGUAAAUUACUCCUUUGAGAGGACACAUUUGUUCAAAUCUCAGGGUGAAAACAACAAGGUGUUGUUUAAAAAAGAAAACAUUAUUAAUUCACCCUUUAAUCCCUUCCUGAAUAGUAUUUUGGAAAAAAAGAGUAUUUUCUUUAUACAUUUUUAAGUAAACAAUUGGUCUUAUUAGAAGUUUACAUGCAUGAACUGACAGCAAUAGAAAACAGAGCAUUUCAUUGUUCUUUUAAUCCCUGAAAGGCUUACAGUUGACAGCACUGAUGAAAGAUUUUUUCCCGUUUUUUAAAUGGUUUUACUUAAAGCUCCUGUGAGGAACAUCAAUUUGCGUUGAGUUUGGCACCCCCUAUGGACCAUAAGUACCUCCUAGCACUUGUUGAUCUGGUCCUGUGUAUGUGUUGUAACGUUUCAAACAAAAACAAAAAAACAUCCUUUUUGCUUUUAACAGUUAUGUCUAAUGCUUAUCGAUGAGUGAGGAUUUAACGAAGAACAAGGCUGUUCUUGCAGUGUGCUGUUCAUUACUUCGUACACCCUGUUGGGACGUUUCAGGCAUUAAAACAAUAGAAAUAAUCUGAUGCCAUUGGACUUGUUUUCUUUUUAACUCAUGAAGAUGCCUCAGCAUGGAUUAAUAUUUUUUGUUAACAAGUGAAAAACACCUCACAGGAUCUUUAAAGAAUUAACUAACAAUGUGUUCAUCGUAGAGGGUUUCUAUGUUUAUUUAUGUACUGUUAAAAACGUGCAGAUAAAAACCACACAAAGUUUACGGUAAUGUGCGGUUAAGACUGAUGUUUCUCCUCACUUUAUUUCACGGUCCUAUUUUAUCUUAAUAUUUCAAGCCCAUCAUUUUUAACCAUUUUCACUGGUUAGUCUCAUUUCAACCAUCGGUUUGGAGCGAUGAGGGUCAGAAGAACUGUAGCUUGGGCAUUUUAUCGUGUGCUCUAAUUUCUUAGAUCACUUUGCCUGUUUUCCAAGCUGAGCCAUAUACUGUACACCAUUUAGCAGGGCAUUGUAGCCUAUACUGUAUGAGUGAUCUUUUUUAACCUCACAAAGGCUGUCUAUUGCUUUGUUUGUGCCUGAAUGAAUAAUGUGUGACAUAAUUUUUUUGUUUGCCUGCCAUACUUCAUGGCUUUUUAUAGCGUUAGUCUAGAGUAUCAUCCUCCUAUUUCUUAGUAAGAACGAAUUAAAAUGUAUAUCAAAUUAUCAUGUAGAUUUAUGAAUACUAUAACAAAAUGUCUAAUGAAAUGAUGUGCACCAUCAGGUUCUAACAGGUGUUUAAAUGAUGGUCAUCUAUGAGUACAAACAGGAAGAUUUUCUCAGUGAUUAACACAAGGGGUUUGAGAUGCCUCACAACACAGAUUUCCAGUAUCAUUGUAAUCCAUCCCUUAUUUUCUUCUCCCCUCUUGUUGCUUUUAGAAGGAUGUGUCGUGUAAGAAAAGAACUUUGAUUUAUACGA